ACGAUAUCGACGACUUCUACGACUCUGGAUUCCCCUAUACGCACUCUAAUUUUCUAAUACAACUGGGAUGUCUCUCUUCUUCUCAGCGAUAUACAACUUCUUCCGCAAUAUCUUCUUCGCUAAGCAGGUUGAGAUAUCCGUGGUGGGCUUGCAGGCAUCAGGGAAGACCUCGUUCGUAAAUGUAUUGGGAUCAGGACAGUGGAGUGAGGAGGUCGUGCCCACUGUGGCAUUCAGUUUCCGAAAAGUCACCAAGGGCAAUAUCACAUUGAAGAUAUGGGAUGUAGCUGGGCAACCGAAAUUCCGUAACAUGUGGGAUCGGUAUUGCCGAGGUACAAAUGCAAUUGUAUUCGUCGUGGACGCUGCGGAUAAGGACAAGAUCGACACCGCUCGAUUUGAGCUGCACAACCUGUUAGAUCGUCCACAUCUUGCUGGUGUCCCUCUACUGGUGCUCGGCAACAAGAAUGAUUUGGAAGGUCACCUUCCCGUUAACGAGCUAAUUCCCCUCUUACAACUCGAUAGGAUACAGAAUAGGCCCGUGUCUUGUUACUCCUGUUCGAUGAAGUCUCAACACAACCUGGAUGUGAUCAUGCAAUGGCUUGCUGCACGAGCGACGUGAUACCCCUGCGAGGAAAGGAUGGAGGUGCGAGGCACCGCCUUAAUGUCAUUACGAUACGUUGCAUGUUGUUUGUACCCGACAGUGAUGUAUUCUUACAUGUAGAUAACGGCAGUGUAU